CUCGGGCUCCAGUGAGCUGUCACUAUGGCAACCAGGAUCCGGCGCCAGGCUCGAGUACCGGGAGAGAACGGGGAUCUAGCGGGGCCUAACCGGAGGACGGCGGGCGGAAGGCCGGGGAGUAAGAAGAGUAGAGCUCAUAGAAAAUCAUGGAGAAGUCACGUCCUCUGGGGGGCGCUGUUUUCCCUUCUGGCCGUAUCCGUCUUUUUCUUCCUGUGGGAAUAUCCUGGGGACGGGAUGGAGGUCUUGGCCCCUCACCAGGAAGACAUAAAACACAAGUUCUUCCCGGUUCCUUGCUCCCAGGAUUAUGAAAGUCACAAGAAAUUUGCUGGAUGCGCCCCUCUGAAGUGCGGCCGAGCCGUGACCGACGGCGUCAUCUCUCCGCAGGACGCCCAGAGAUUGCUGAGGGUGGCUGAAGCCGGCUUCUCUCUCGGAGGCUCUGAUGGAGGGGCAUCAAUCCUGGACCUGCAUUCCGGCGCUCUGUCAUGGGGGAGGAAUUUCAUAAAUAUGUAUCGCUACUAUGGAGAGAAACUGAAAGAGACAAUAACUGAGGAAGAUUUCCAGCUAUACCGUGACGUGAGGCUGAGAAUUCAGAAAGAAAUUGCGAGGACGUUUGAUCUCGAUGCCCAGUCUCUGCACCUCACCAAACCCACCUUUUUCUCCAGGAUGAAUAGCUCAGAAGCUAAAACCGCACACGACGAGUACUGGCACCCCCAUAUUGAUAAGGUUACAUACGGCUCUUUUGACUACACCUCCUUACUUUACCUGUCUGACUACUACCAAGAUUUCAGUGGCGGCAGAUUCAUAUUUAUGGAUGAAAAGAUGAACAGCACGGUGGAACCCAGAACAGGCCGCCUGUCCUUCUUCACGUCUGGAUCAGAAAACCUGCACCGCGUAGAGAAAGUGAGUUGGGGUACUCGAUACGCCAUAACCAUCUCCUUCACCUGCAACCCAGAGCAUGGCAUCGAGGACCCCUCCUGGACGUAGCGUUUGGUCUUCAAGUGGGGCUGUAGGCCAACAUGACGGACUCCUCCCUCUACUGCCUCAUAAUCUGGAAGUAUAUAAUUGAUUUCUAUUGGACAUACAGUGGAACCUCGGUUUAAGAGUAA